UCCUCAAGUCCUAUCUCCACCCCCGCCUCUUUCUCUUCAGUUCUUCCCCCUCCUCUUCCAGCACCUCCGCAGGUUCAAACUCUUCUUGGUGAGAGUGGCGGCGAUCUCGAGGUCACGUGAUGAGCAUCCUGCUGCCCAACAUGGCGGAGUUCGACACCAUCUCGGAACUGGAGGAGGAGGAAGAAGAAGAACCCGCUACGUCGUCGUCGCCGCCGUCGUCUUUGUCGUCUGUUUCUGGGCCUGAUGAUGACGAAGAAGAGGAAGAGGAGGAGGAGGAGGAGGAAGAAGAGGAGGAGGAGGAAGAGGAGGAAGAUGAUGAUGAGGAGGAGGUGCCGCCCCCGCCUCGGGUAGUGAGCGAGGAGCAUCUGCGGAGAUAUGCCCCGGACCCUGUACUGGUGCGCGGCGCAGGCCACAUCACUGUGUUUGGCUUGAGCAACAAGUUUGAUACUGAAUUUCCUUCAGUUCUAACAGGGAAGGUGGCCCCAGAAGAAUUUAAGACCAGCAUUGGCCGUGUGAAUUCAUGUUUGAAAAAGGCUCUCCCAGUCAAUGUGAAGUGGCUGCUCUGUGGAUGUCUCUGCUGCUGUUGCACACUGGGUUGCAGCCUGUGGCCUGUUAUUUGUCUCAACAAAAGAACCAGAAGAUCAAUUCAGAAGUUAUUAGAGUGGGAAAAUAACAGAUUAUAUCACAAGCUUGCUUUGCACUGGAAGUUGACUAAAAGGAAAUGCGAAACUAGCAAUAUGAUGGAGUAUGUUAUACUAAUAGAAUUCUUACCAAAAUAUCCCAUAUUCCGACCUGACUGAGGAGUUUUAUUCAGUCACUUCUGUGUUUCCUGUCAUUUCCUACCCUUAGUGCCUUGUAGAUGAUUAUGGAAUGAAGAUGGUCUCCUUCGCUGUGUUCAAGUUAUUCUUUAUAAUGGUAGAGUAUUCUCCUCACUCUUUUAUUUUUGUUGGUUUAAGAAGAUAAUUUGCA